CUAUGAUGGUGCGAAUGUGCCGCAUGUGGAGGCACUGGACUCCACUUACCGCCUUUUCUUACCAGCACAAACCGUGGAAGAACAAUAGCAAGCUCACAUUGAGAUAUUCCAGCACAAAGGCAGCUCCACAUUUCCGUAGAAUGGAAUACCAGGACGCAGUAUGCACACUGAAUACGCUGCAGACAAAUGCCAGUGCACUUGAACAGGUGAGGAGAGAGCGGGGACACCCUCAACUCCAGCUGGAGGCUAUGAGGGGAUUCUUGCAGCGAUCAGGCCUACAGGUGGAUGAGCUUGAUCAUCUCAACAUUAUUCAUGUCACAGGGACCAAAGGGAAGGGGUCAACAUGUGCCUUCACAGAACAGAUUCUUCGAAACUAUGGGUUCCGUACUGGAUUUUAUAGCUCUCCACAUUUAGUGCAAGUGAGAGAGAGAAUCAGAAUCAAUGGUCAGCCGAUCUGUAAAGAGCUCUUUACAAAAUACUUCUGGCAGGUGUACGGGAGACUGGAUGAGACCAAGGAUGCCCAUGGUGGCAGCAUGCCCGCAUAUUUCCGGUUCCUAACCAUCCUAGCCUUCCAUGUCUUCCUGCAAGAGAAAGUUGACGUGGCAGUCAUUGAGGUGGGGAUUGGUGGAGCUUAUGACUGCACAAACAUCAUAAGGAAGCCAUGGGUGUGUGGGAUUUCUUCAUUGGGAAUAGAUCACACAAGCAUAUUAGGAGACACUAUAGAGAAGAUUGCCUGGCAGAAAGGAGGCAUCUUUAAGCAAGGUGUGCCAGCGUUCACUGUGAAACAGCCUGAGAGUCCACUGAAUGUCUUACAGGAGAGAGCUAAAGAGAUUGGGUGUCCCCUGUCGAUGUGCCCUGAUCUGGAUGACUAUAAGGUUGGGGAGGGACAGCUAAUGUUGGGCUUGGCUGGUCAGCACCAACGCAGCAAUGCAUCUCUCGCUCUGCAGCUCUCACACACGUGGCUAGAGAGACGCUGCCUGCCAGAUAUACCCUCUGUGACUGAGUUCAGUGGUUUGUCCAUAGCCCCGGGAUUUGAGCCAAACCCUCUGAUGCUCAAAGGUUUGGCAGAAGCAAACUGGCCAGGUCGGACUCAGACCCUGAAACACGACCCGGUCACAUACUUUCUGGACGGCGCUCACACCACGCGCAGCACGUUGGCCUGUGUGCGCUGGUUCAAUGAGGCAGCUGCUCAGCAAGAGAGAACCGCAGAGGGUCCUGUGGCCAGAGUGCUGUUAUUUAAUGCGACAGGGGAGAGGGACUGUGCGGCCAUGCUCAAACUGCUUGUGCCGUGUCACUUCGACUUUGCUGUGUUCUGUCCCAACAUCACAGAGGCCAUUGCAACAUGUAACGCAGAUCAGCAGAACUUCAACGUCUCUGUGGAGAACAUGCUUACCCGUUGUCUGGACAACCAGCAGAGCUGGAGAGUGCUGACUGGCCAGAAAAAGCCAGGGGCAGAGCUACUGAUCGGGGACAGUCUCCCCCUUGUGGCCGAACGCAGAAGUGAGACCUUGGUGUUUCCCUGCAUCCUCAGUGCCCUCCAGUGGAUCACACAGGGAAGGGACUCUGUCCUCGCCGACCCAACCAAACCAGUCAUCCCAGUUAAAUCAAGCGUUUUGGCUAAAGCUGCACCUCUCCGAGAGGCAGCGGCUAUUCACGUCCUCAUUACAGGCAGCCUCCACCUGGUGGGCGGGGUUUUAAAGCACUUAGACCCCGCCCUGGCCUCUUAACGGCCAAUUCAGGGUGUGUUUCUCUCAUGUAUCACUGGUAGUUAAUACUGUAGGUUUAAAGAGAGGAGCCUUUCUGGUUAAUAAACAUUUUUUUAAGCAAUUCUAGCAUCACUGCUAAACACGGUCAUUACCAGACAGGGCCUAUUGCUGCAGGGCACUGCCUGAUUAAGUGCUCUGGUGGUCUGUGUCAGUUAGUAGAAGUAGAAGACUUCAGCCAUGGCUCCUGCCAAAUACUUUUCUCAGUGCCUUUCUCUACAGGCAACUUAUCAAACCCACUUUGGUCUACUUGAAGUAACAGCUGUUUACAUGGACUCUUUUGGGAAGUUUUGGAUGGAUUACAUUUUUUGUCAUAAAGAGAUAUUUUAUUUUGUUUUUUUCUUUUAAGAUAUGGUUUGUUUAAUGAUAAUGGAUGGACUCUCACAAAUGUUGUCUGCCAGUACAGGAGUCGCUUGUUUUGUUGUACGCUGCCUCUAUCUGAACAUAGCGUCAGGGAGAGACGUGUUGGAUAGUUUGACAUUAAAUAUCUCUGGAGAAGGUUAUUAUUCUUUUGUAAGAUAUUAUUGAGUUAAAAUUAGCACCACCUCUCUGCAUGACAUAUAUUUUGACAAGAUGUUUCAUUGUAGUUUUAAACAUUGACAUUUCCAGAGAUGACGUUAAACUCUUGAGUUUUGAAGAUUGUGGAUUAUCUGAAUUCACAUUCACAUAUGGUAUUAAGGCACAGUAGAUCACAUGUGAAAAGACUGGAAAUAUUUGGUUUAAACAGUUUACAAAAGUGACAUCCUCCCAGACAUUCAUCCUCCCAUAUCAGCCUGCUGACCAUCACAUCAAUGCACGGUUACAAAGACAUGCAUUAAGCAAGUGUGUCUGAGAAUAUGCCCAAAACACUACAUAAACCAUAUAGUGGUCAGUAAAGCUCCCUUUGUAGUAAAAACUGAUGGGCUAUUUAUGAUACCUAUGUCCAGUGUAAUCUUUGCUCUCUUUAAAUAUAUACAACAUUGUUAUGAUCUGUUUAAAAUGUAUAUAUGUGUAAAAUGAGAUUUUAGUAUUAAAAAUAUGUUGGAUGUAAUACAGAAUUUAAAAAAAAAAACAUAUAAAUGA